AUGUCUAUUGACACGGCACGUGCGCCAGCCUGGAACGAGGUCGCUAAGGACGAGCGACUGUCUAGGUCUCUGGCGGGGAUUCAGCGAGGGAGCAGCGGGGUAUGACGGACGGAAAGAACACGGUUUAUAUACCAAGUCCUCAUCAGACAUCUUCCCAAUUCUCUACCGCACUCCCGACACGGCUACGCGCCAAUGUUCUAUGCGUCAGCCGCCUCGUGACCGUGCCGUGCGGAAGGAAUUUGUCGUCGAGGUCGUGUUCAUUGCGCCGACGUGGCUGGGAGAGCGCUCGACCCGCUGAGCUCGGAAUCGAUGUUCGGGGGCGACAUGUAGAACGUGGCGGGCAUAUGUUCACCUCUAACCCGUACUUCACGCAGUUGCGACUGUGGAAGUCAGUGUAUGUGAGUCGCAGCGGAGGAACUAAAGGUUGGUAUUCCGGAGCGAAAGUAUUCGCUGUCGCUGUCACGCACGUCUAUAGCAUUCCGUGGCGGGAUCCGCUCACGACCGGUCGUUGUAGCUUAGCGCGAGCUUGUUGACGACGCCUUCCGGGUGGCGAGUCUGCGCGAUGGCUUAUAGCACGUUCAAGGGCUGUAUUGCUGCCCAUGUCAUCUCAGACUUCUUUUGCAUGGACCAAUGCAAUCUUCAAAGCCUUUCAGUCGGUUGCAAAGAGGUCAGGGUCACUGAGGGGGGUCGUGC